UUUUUUCUUCUUCUGGGAACUGGGAAAAGAAGAGAAGAAGAACAACAACAAGGCUUCUUCUUCAACAUCGUGAUCUCGUUCUGGUCAAAUCGAAAUCAAAGUGAGACUGACGCAGUUUCUGUUCAUCCCAUUUCAAUAAGUUUUUAUCUGCCUCCAACUUCAGAAGACAGAGAAGAGAGAGCGAACGGAAGAUGGAGAGGGAAAGCGAGUUGGUUGGACUCUGCAUAGAGGCAGCAUGUGAGAGCAAAGAAAGCGUUGAAAAAUGGCGGAUGCAGAGGCGCAGUCUCGAUCGCUUACCUUCUCCUGUCGCCGAUGCUCUCCUCCGCCGGCUCAUCGCCCGUCGUCUCCUCUACCCUUCCCUCCUCGAGGUUUUCAAACACAGCGCCGAAGAGGUUGACGUGAGGGACAACGGCUCCGUGGACGCGGAGUGGAUGGCGUAUUUGGGAGCUUUUCGUCACUUGCGCUACUUGAAUCUCGCGGAUUGUCAUCGAAUCACCACUUCAGCACUUUGGCCAAUUACAGGAAUGAAUACUCUUCAGGAGUUGGAUCUGUCUAGGUGCUUCAAGGUUAACGAUGCCGGGAUUAGCCAUCUUCUCUCCGUUCCUAAUCUGGAGAAGUUGCGCAUUUCAGAAACUGGCGUCACUGCCAAAGGAGUCAAGCUUCUUGCCUCUCUUGAAAACUUGUCUCUUCUCGACUUAGGUGGCUUGCCCGUAGAUGACGUGUCGUUAACUUCGUUACAGGUACUGAAAAGGCUACAAUAUAUUGAUCUUUGGGGUAGUAAAAUAUCAAAUAAAGGUGCAGCUGUUCUCAAUGUGUUCCCAAAGUUGACCUAUCUAAAUCUUGCUUGGACCAGUGUCACAAAAUUGCCCACACUAUCAUCUCUUGAAUGCCUGGACAUGAGUAACUGUACUAUUGAUUCUAUACUUGAAGAUGAUAAAUCUCCUUUGGCAAAGCUUAUUUUCUCUGGGGCUACAUUCCUGAAUGAAUCUGGAGUCUUCUCGUAUGCAAAUACAAAUCUGGUAUCCUUUUUGGAUGUAGCCCAUACCAGCCUGCAUGAAUUCUUCUUCUUAAGUAAAAUGAAAGUAAUAGAACACCUCAAUCUCAGCUCAUGCAUGAUGGGGGACGAUUCAGUUGAAAUGGUUGCAUGUGUUGGUGCUAACUUGAAAAGUCUGAAUCUAAGUGGUACCAGGGUUAGUUCUGCUGGAUUAGGGAUUUUAGCUGGACAUGUUCCCAACCUUGAAAUUCUAUCAUUAUCUCAGACACCAUUGGAUGACACUGGCAUCUCAUUUAUCAGUAUGAUGCCUUCAUUAAAGGAUGUUGACCUGAGCAAUACAUACAUUAAAGGUUUUCUACACCCAGGAAAGAUUGAUGUGGACUCCCCACUCUCACUGAUGGCUUUGCAAAAUCUUAAAUUAGAAAGGUUGAAUUUGGAGCAUACGCAAGUUAGGGAUGAAGCUUUAUACCCCUUGUCAAGCUUCUUAGAGCUGAAAUAUUUAUCACUUAAAAGUGCUUCUCUUGCAGACGUCUCGCUUUACUAUUUAUCGUCAAUUCCAAAAUUGACAAAUCUUAGUGUUUGUGAUGCGGUAUUGACAAAUUAUGGGAUUGAUAUAUUUAAGGCUCCUGAAACUCUGAAACUGCUGGACCUCAGAGGUUGUUGGCUCUUAACAGAAGACAUUAUCUUGUCAUUCUGUAGACGUCAUCCACAAGUUGAAGUCAUACACGAACUUGGUACAGUAUAUCCUUUUAAUAAAAAUGGUCCUCAUCAUUCCUCUCCAUCUCGAUCAACUUCUAGGACUUUGCAAAUGGCUAAGAAGAAAGAUCAAGCUCCGGUAUUACCGUAUCUUGCAGAUCAAAGAUUAAAGUAUAGCAGGGAUGAGUUACUUGCAUUGCAGUUUGCGUCCUUGCCUCCUGCAUCUAGUAGUGAGAGUAGCAAUUCAACAUUUGAGAAACAAUUGGACUGAAUGGUGAAAUCUCCCUUUAUAUAAUUGUUUGCACUGAUGGCAUUGGCGAGGGUAUGUGAUAUGAACAGAGAGGAUUAAUAGCCCGAGUCCGAUGUAGUUCAUUUGUUCAUAAUUCGAAUGCACAUGGUCAAAGAAGAAUCAUGUUUCUGUUAGAGAAAUCGAAUGUGAUGGUGAGCCUUGGUUCCAACUUACCAUGGCUUACAUGUAGAUAUGCAACGUGGAUUAAGAAAGGUUUAGUGAUAUUAUUGUGUGUUUUGGCUGACACGUGCCUUUUGUAUUGGGGUGCAGAGUGGACACAUGGGAUGUUGUGAAGGAUUGCUUCUACUUAGUAGUUUCUGCAGGCUCUCCCAAGUAUAGAAGAUUGCAGUCAUCAGGAUGGUGUUGCUUCAGACAAAUCGUUAACUACGCACUAGAUCACUCCAUGACACUUUGUGAUGGUUUGUACUAAUUAUGAUAAAUCUGAAGGGUGGACAAUUUCAAGGUGUCUUGCUCGUGUUUUUAUUUGAUUUCUCAUAUAAAUAUGUAGAAGCAGCCUGUUCCCUCGGUGUCCAUUGUUCCUAUAUAGGGUACUCGGGUAGGAGAAGUACUACACUAUGGGAGUUAGUUAGAUGAGAAGGAACACUAUAUACAGAAAUUGGCACUUAAGUUUGUGUUUUCAUCGUACUCAGCCAAUCACAAUUCACAGUUAUUCGUAAAAUUCUAUGCUUUUAUUAAGCAAUCAGAUCGAGGACAGGCUGGAAUGGCAGCUAAUUGAGGAAGGGAUCAAACGAUGCCAUUGUAAGUUAUACUAACUAUAUCAUUUUCAAUAACUCAAUCGCCUUUUUUAU